UUUAGUUUACUCUUCGUUACAAAAACGAUUUUAGGCGUGGACGAACACAAAGAAUAUUUAACAUUUUAUGAAAGGGAUGCUUUUAAUGUUUUGAAACUUUUCUAGCCAUUAGAAAUAAAUUACAACUUUGACUUUGAAAUUUAUUACAAAAACGAUAGUAAAUAUCUAAUAACAGUUUUACCAAACACAAGCUAAUAGAUCAAAAGAAAUGGGAAAUUGAUUUGAUCAGUUAGUGGCAGAAGAGAUCUAUUGGAACCAUAUCAAGUUUAAUGCAACCGGGUCAAGAAGCUUUUGGUGUUGUCGGGCAACGCCAGAGAGACUGAGAACAAUCUGAGAGGGAUAUAUUGUCCUGAAAACUCGUCCUAUUGUUUGAACAGUUCUUCAGUUAAAUAGGACAAUUUGAAAAUUUGCUAUUGAACAAAUUUUGAUAGCGCUGCUGCUUCAUUAACAGGAAAAAAGUCAGCAGAUAAAAAGUGAACUUUGUUGGAAGAUAGCAGAGACAGAUGCUUCGAGUGUAAAUCCAUUAAAACCCGUGCGUAUUAAUACCGCUAUGAGGCCGCCACGUGCAGACUCGCCGAAUCUAAAACGGCAGGUGACCCGGACAGAAUCUUUACGCCAACGAUGCAACGAUAAAAACACUGAUGAAAUUAUUCGGUUUGUCCGAGAUAUCCAGUUCGAACGUCUUCCAACUUCAAUGCGCCUGCAGAAAAAGGCGCCACUACCAAGCAUUGGACAGAACUGUAUCAAAAGUAACACGUGCGAUUCAGGAUUUCUUGAUCGCGCGACAGACUCUGCCGAUAGUGAUGAAGAUAUGCUAGAUAAUGAAAUUCUGUAUUCAACUCAGAAAAAAUCCGCGCCAAAACUUGACCCAGUUUUAAUCAAUAUGCUCACGUGCCCACGUGGUGUUACAAAAACUUCAAACGACCAUCAAAUAUUAUCAAGGUCCCUUCCUCAGGGUCAUGCAGACAUGUAUAAUAAUAAUCUAAAAGUUCCUCGCCAAAACAGUUUCAUCAGACACGGCAAAAUACACAGAAAAGGAAACACGGGUAACCAAAGAAUAAUUUCGAAACAACUUCCGCCGCUGUCACGUGACAUUAUUCCAGAGCGUCCUUCUGCUCCACCUCCGAGCAAAACGCCGCCGUUGUCAGACAACAGUUUUGUCGAAGAGGAGCCAUUAGAAUACCUAGACCUUUGACAAAAAGUCAGGAUUUUUUUUGUGUUACCGAAUGGAUAACACUACAUGUGAUGAUAAUUUGCCAUAGAGAUGAAAUCAGGUUACCCAUCCUGUUCAAAAUUUAUGCCAUAUUCAUAUAACUAACCUUUCUCAGGGGAAUCUGCAUUUUAGUGCGCGUCUGUGUGACUUUCUACAAUAUUUGUAAGACGUGUGAAUGUAAUGUAUUUAACUUUUACCAAAGAUGUGCGUGUCUGCAGACGAAUAUGAAAUUUCGUUUGAUCUACAUUGUGUCAUAUGGUUUAUUCUUCAUUAUCCCUUGUGUUUUCUUUUGGAAAUCUUAGACGUAUAUAGCUGUGUUCAAGGCAAGAACCCAGUUGAAAUGACAGAAUGCGAAAUUCAUUAAAAUAAACGUAUGCUAAUGCUUUUGAAUUCAAUCCACAGUCAGGCGAUUACAGUGAUGAAAAGACACAGACAUACACAGUAUAUAAGUAGUCAAAGGUUUUGAGAAAUAUUUUAUUUAUGGCAACAUUCAAACCAUACUGGCAACAUUCAAACCAUACGUGUAUCUAUAUUUUACCGCUGGUACUAGAGUGAACACGUACAAAAAAAGAUGUUUUCAAAAUGUUCGAAAUAUAUGUUACCAUACACGUUUCACUAUAAAGGCUUUGUAAGUAUAUUUACCAUUGUUUAAUUGAAAGGAACAUUGUUCAGUGUGAAUGCAUGUACCUGAAUAGUAAUUUGUAUGCAUCCUGAUUUUUAUAUUUUCAUAAUAAAUUGUAUUACUUAUGAUUUUAAAUGAUUAUAAAUUAUGAUUUAUGCUUUACAACAAUGAAAUUAAUA